AUGGAGAGACAAUACGCUCAAAACCAGCGCGAAGCAUUGGGUGCAGUUUGGGCGGCAGAACAUUUCUCUUACUUUCUUCUUGGAAGACAUUUUACUUUGCGCACCGACGCCCAAGGUGUAACGUUCAUUCUGAACCGAUCAAGAGAGGAUUCAAAGCGAGCCCUAACUCGCGCUGAUGGCUGGGCGCUUCGAUUAAGCCCCUAUAAUUAUAAUGUCGAGCACUUACGAGGUCGCGAGAAUAUAGCCGACAGUUCAUCAAGAUUAUACUGUGGCACCGACGAUCCCUUUGAGGAAGACAUAAGUCCUUGGGAAAUCGCUUGUUUGGAGUCAAAUGCAAUGGAAUUUCUAAACGAGGAGGUUAUCAAAAACGAAACGCAAUACGAUGAAACUCUUCAGCAAGUAACGCAAGCUUUAAAAACAGGAGAAUGGUCAACUGAUUUACAAAAGUACAAUGCGGUGGAAAACGACUUAACCUUCCGGAAUAGAAUAAUAAUAAAAACUGGAUGUGCUGUUAUACCGGAAAAACUUCGUAAAAAGGCCCUACAGGCAGCACACGAAGGUCACACAUCAACAGCUAAAAUGGAAAGCAUCAUUAGGCAACGUGUCUGGUGGCCAGGCCUUUCUAAAGAUGUACAAAAUUGGGUGGAAUCCUGUAAAACUUGCGCCAUCAACGGAAAACCCGAAAAAACUACACCAAUGGAACGAGCUUUUGUGCCACACGCUGUUUGGGAAAAGAUAGCUCUGGACUUCAAUGGCUCUUACAUUAGAUUCGGCGGUAUUUCUAUUCUUGUCAUCGUAGAUUACAGAUCUAGAUAUCUAAUAACAAAGCCGGUAAAGUCAACCACUUUCGAAAUAACAAAAAAGGUCCUUGAAGAGAUUUUCGAAAAAGAGGGCAAUCCGAAGAUCAUAAAAUCAGACAAUGGCCCCCACUUUAGCGGGGAUGAACACAAGCAAUACUGCGCUCAGCGAGGAAUAACUGCCGUUUUCUCAACACCGUUGUUCCCACAGCAGAAUGGGUUAGUCUAG